GUCUCUUUUUUUAGACCUGUUAUUCAUUCAUAUAAUAAUGGCAUGCAGAAGAAUUCCAGGCCAGAAUUUCUACCGAACCAACUGGAAUGAACGAGCAUUUACAGUGGGCAUUCAUGGUCCAGUUGGCUCAGGGAAAACCUCCAUUAUCCUUGCUGUGUGUAAGAUUCUGAAAGAUCGCAAUAUCUGUGUUGUAACCAAUGAUUUCUACAGCACUGUUGAUGCUGACAUCUUGAUUGAACAAAAUGCUAUCCCAAAAGAGAAAGUUCGUUCUGUCAUAACAGAAAGUUGUCCAUUGGAAGUCACGAAUAAAAAUAUUGAUGUAAAUCUGAAAGAAAUCAAAGACUUGACCAAACUCUUUCAACCUGAAAUAAUUCUGUUAGAAUCUGCUGGGGAUUGUCUUGCAGCACAUUUUAACAGAGAUUUGGUGGAUUAUACCAUUUUAGUCAUCGACAUUGCAGGUGGCAGAAACAUCAUCAAGAAACGAAUAGCAGGUAAUGAUUACUGCGAGUUACUUGUAGUCAAUAAAAUGGAUUUGGAAAAAGCAAUGGAUUUUGAUAUGGAGGACUUCAAAGGUGAUGUCAUAAUGACUCGAAUGGACAGAUCCCUGUUGUUUACUUCUGUGAAAAAUGAUGAAGACAUGAAACAUGUCGCUGAUUGUAUUGCCCGCAAUUGUUCAGAGCAAAAGAACCAAAUACCACCAGAAUGUCCAUAGACUCAGCUUGGAGAGAUUUUCAACAUUUUGGUUAACUUUCAGAUAGCAUUUAAUGAUUUUCAGAAGUCACUACAACAAUAGCAACAAUAACCAGAAUUGUGACAGUGUUUUAUAUUUUACUUUGCCAGGUCCAUGGAGAGAGGUUUUUCAGUUCACUAAAUUGAACCGGUCCAAUAUAAUUAAUAAUUGAUGUUCCAAUUCUUCCUUUACUAGGAUUUGAACAUGGAAACAUGGCCCAUGUAACUAGACAACAUAAACAAUUGUUUAAUACUUCUCCAACCACAACAACUAAUAACGAUUAUACUGAUAAUAAAUAUGAAUAAUAAGGAUAUUCCUAACGAUGAUUAUGAGACUAAUAAUUAUGCUGAUGAUGACAAUGCAAAUUAUGAAUAUGCUAAUGAUAAAUGUAUUACUCAUGAUUAUGUUGACGAUAAUGUUGAAAAAAUUUAAUGAUAAAGUCUUAAGUUUGUUUUGGAAUUCAAUAAAGUUUUAAAAUUGUU